AUGGGGAGCAAGGUGAAAGACCUAGAAGCUGGCUCCCACAAGCAAGGUGCCCAGGAGGAGCAGGGAGCCUGCUGGGCACUGGGAGUGGGGAAGGCACAACAGUGGAUGGGCAGACCCAUGACUUCCCUGGGCUCCCAGCUCCUCAGAGCAGCAUUACUGGCAGCCAUCCUACUUCUGCUGUGGGUGAAGGGGGUGAAGCCUCAGGGAGGGAGCCCAGGCCCCAAUGAGAGGAGUCAGAAAGAACAAAUGCCCUCUAAAGACCAAAAUCAAGAGCAGUUCGAAGAGUACUUUGUGGCCUCCUCAGUGGGUGAGAUGUGGCAGGAGGUGAACAUGGCCCAACAAGAGGAUGAAAAGACAUCGGAGAUGGAGAACACAGCUGUUCGUGACCACCUAUUCGACCUAGCCUUGUGCUUUAAUGUGGCCAGUGUUUUGGUUUUUUUAUAAGAGACAUUGAAGAUGAGGUGGCAGCCUUUUUCCUGGAUGAGGACCUGGAUAUCUACCUCGGCUUCAUGAUAGCUUACUGACCCUUUCUCCCCUGGGCGUUAGGUCACUAUUCCCAGGGAGACGUACACACAGUGUCCUGCCCCUUGUCUGCCCCUGCUAUGAGCUCCAUCCCUCAGGGCCCGAUACACCAGACCCAUGCUCUUCUCUCUUCCAUGCCCCUACUGGCUUUGUUCAGCACAGCAGAUUAGG